AUGGAGUUGGCAAUCGCAAUAACACGCCGGAUCCAUGAAGGACACCCCAUCAAUAAUGAUCUCCUGGAGCAGCAAGCUACGCUGCUCUAUGACCUCGCGGCCUGUCAAGCUCAAGAAAUGCAGUCGUCAGGGGAGGACGGCGACGGCGGCAAGCCCAAGCCCUCUGAUUGGGAUGUAUACGGCUCUCUUUUAGUGUUCAAGCACGGCGGCGACCCGCUUGAACAAGCCGACAAAAUCACGUCUAAUACCGAACCAAUGUUCAACGCCCUUCAUCAGAUGGGCAUGGUGCAGGCAAAAGGGUAUCUACGCGUCUUUCUCGCAGCCGCUCGGUUCGCAGCGUUCGCGACUCCAGAUGAACAUCCGGAAAAGCAAGCCCGGCGCAUAACACUGAGCCGUGCCGAGGAGGCUGCGCGGAAAGUUAACGGCGAUCCAGAGGGGCUGGAUGCGUUGGUGGACCUGGUGGAGAGGAACCUUGCAGUGGCAGACGAUGAGAAGGACCGAAUCGAAUGGUUGAUUGAACUAGUCCAGACACUACACAGGCGGUACAAGGCCUAUAACAGACCCGAAGACUUGGAUGCGUUGGUUGAUGGGGCGCAAAGAACGCUGCGUAAGAUCCCGGCCGGGGACCCGCAAAGGAUUGCCUUGUUAAAGCUCCUCGCACCGUUGCUUGAAAUUCGAUAUAUGAAGAACGGCCAUCUGUCCGACCUUCGGGCCCUGUGCCAGAUUCUUAUUGCAAAAGUCGAAUACGCGUACUUGACGAUGGAUGAUGAUUAUCAGCUCAAGGCUGACUGGGUUAAGAAGUUGUGUGAGCAGCUAGAGGCACAGUUCAGGGUCUCCCAUGACCCGGAAGACCUCGAGAUGUGGAUCUCGCAUGUUACAACUGGCGCCUCCAGUAUUUCCAAAACCAUGGAUGACUGGUUGCUUCUCUUGCAGGCGCUUUGUCGAGCCAAAGAGGCCAAGUAUAAUCUGAGUAUGGAGCCGACAGACCUUAAUUCCUGGGUUUUGACGGCUCAGCAAGCAGUGCGAGUUGCCCCUAUGGAAUAUCCUGAACGGGAGACACUAAUGCGUAACUUGACCUGGGCCGUGGUGUCAAAAUACAAGGUCACGGGGGAUCAAAAGGACCUGGACGUAUUCCCGCUACUAGCUAAAAACAACCAGCCCUUAAAGUCGUCCUCUGAAGCCCCCCUCAAAGAACUAUCUACACAUCAGCCUCAUCAGGAUUUAGAAACCCUUAAAUCUGGGGUGUUGGAAGCGCAAGACGUGCUAGAUUCGACGCCCGACGACGAUUCCCAGCGGGUAAAACGGUUUGUGGCUCUCGGCACUGCUCUGGGAAAACUGGCGAAGGCCAACAAUGACCCAGAAGUCUGGGUGCAAUGCGCUGAAGCAUUCCGUCAGGCCAUCGCGGCGGCAACCUUCGGUUCCAAUGAGAGGGCGGUUCUCAUGUGCGAACUCUGUGGUGUCCUGAGAACCCAGAGUAGGCUCACUCAAGAUUCAGAACUUGCCCGAGACGCUGUCUCAGUCGCCCAAGACGCACUGACGGCGUCGCCCGAUCGAGACACGGCAAGUACCUUUGCGUUGUGCGAGCUUAGCUAUGCGUUGGAACUUCAAUAUGAACACUCCCUAGACUUGGAUGACCUAGAGGAGAGUGUGUCAGCGGCAGAACGGGCAGUCAAAGUUUGCGAAGCCCUUUCGCAUGACCUCCUGCGCCCUGACUGCUUUUCACAACUCCUGAGCGUCUUGGACACACAGUGUCGACUCACUGGUGAUUGGACAAAACUCGAGGCUGUCUGGGCAAAACUAGAUGCUGAACUUGUUACAGGAACGAUAUCGCCAACGAUCCUCGAGCGAUAUUGCCUCAGCAUCUAUGGCCGGUAUUUGGAAACCGUCAAUCCGGAUUACUUGGAAGCCGCAUAUCUUGCAGCGAAACAGCUUGUUGGCACAGUGAAAGAACGAGAUAGAUCAGACGUCGCUCUAGCAGUGUUGUCUAGAAUCUACACCAGCCGGUACGCAGCCAGACAUGAUUCAGACGACCUAAGCGAGGCAGUUAACCUCUGCAAGACAUUGCUAGACAGGCUGACUGAUCAACCUACUAAAUGUGCGCCUCAUCUAGUCCGGAUGGGUAAGCUCCUGGACCUGCAGUAUUCAACGAAGCGAGAUUCCAAUGAUCUGGAUGCGGCAAUAGCGUAUCUAGACCAGGCAUUUGGCAUCGUCGACCGGGAUCAAGAUCGGAGCCUUUGUCGAGAUAUCAUGCUGCAACGGAGCCGGGCAAAACGUACUAGAUAUUACUUGAAAAAGAAUAAAUGUGAUAUUGACGGCGCGCUAGCUGAUGUCGAAACCAUGCUGCAACAGUCUGACGAGGACGAUGACCCUCAACUCAUAUUUCAGCUCACAAUGAUCCUCCUUGACAAGUACUGGAGCCGAGACUAUAAUAUGAGCCGCGAGGACUAUUUAAGGAAGAUAUCGAGUCUUCAAAUCAAGGCGAUCAGAGUCAAAGCCGACGAUUUAUCCACUGGGGAGCAAAUAACUAUGACUCGGGCCACGAUGCUAGUGCUGCAUUUGCUUGAUGAUGCCGACGAAGCCAGCAAACUGGCUCAAGAGGCCGUCCAGCGGCUUCCAAUGCUCGUUGGGCGUCACUUUCUACAGGACGACCAACAGAAUGUCCUCCGUGGGGUCGCGGGGCUGGCCUCUGAAGCCUGUGCUAUUUCUCUAAAAGCCAACAAGGUCCAUCAGGCGCUCCAGCAGCUAGAAUGUGGCCGGGGAUUAAUUCUGCGAUACAUGAUGGACUCCAAAGCUGAUCUGGCAGGAUUGCUGGGGACGGAACAUGGCGACUUGGUUCGUGAAUAUGAAGCGUUACAGAGGCAGGCGAUGCAACCCAUCGCUGAUGGCAUUAAUCCUAUGAUACAGCAACAACUUCGCAGGCAUCGGACGGAUACAGUGAAAAAAUUGAAUGCAUGCGUGGAGAAAAUACGUCAGAUUGAGGGCUACGAAUGGUUUCUCAGCGAGCCGGAAAUCGAAGAGCUGUAG